GUCGUUCCAGUUUCUUCCCGUCACAUUUUCACGUCAACACUCGAACGCUCCACCACCGCCUUUAGCCCACCUUGUAGCAGCAGCGCAAUAUCUCGCGACUAGGGGCUCCUGCUGCAACUGCUGCUGUUUGUUGAACUUCUUUCGCACCGUGCAUAGCCUACCGUGUUAUUCUGAGGUGCUGCUACUGCUGCUGCGAUGGAAGGCGGCAGCGGCAGCGAGGUUGACGUGAGAGGCCUCCCAAACCAAGACAAAGCCGUGGAGGUGAAACUCCUCAAAUACUUCCAAAGCAAGCGGCUGUCGGGGGGAGGCGAGUGCGAGGAACUCACGCGGCUGCCUGACGGAGGAGUCCGCCUGCGCUUCAAGGAGAGAGAAGCAAUGGAGAGGGUGCUGGCGAGAAGCGAGCACUCGCUGGAGCUCAACGAGCAGGAGUACCCGCUGCAGGUGCGUCGGGCCGGCCACGAGUGUCUGGUAAAGCCCAAACCCAUCGGACCUGCUGCUGUGAAGGUGGAGCCGACUUCUACCAAAACGAUGACCCCUGACGUGCGUCCAAAAUUGCCCCCGUCCGGAAUUAAAGUGGACAAAGUAGCGCAUCUGGACAAGGAUUUUGUGUCUAUGUAUUUUGAAAGCGAAAAGCGGUCUGGUGGGGGAGACAUCGCAAGUAUGGAGGAGGAGGCCGCAUGUUGGAUCAUCAUCUUCGAAGACCCCACAGUGGCGGAGCGGGUGCUGAAAAGGAAGCAUGCCUUGAGGGGCCACGAGCUCAUGUGCGUCAGCUUUGUGGAUGGGCCCAUGGCGGCGGUGCAGAGAUCGCCAGAGUAUCUGGACCCAUGGAGGGUUCUGCUGAGUGGCUUCACGGCUCCCAUGAACGUGGACAUACUGAGGAUGUUCGUCGAGAACUGCAGUGGCACCCAAAGAUUCCAACUUCACGAGACGGACGACGAGCACUGCCGAAUCGUCACUUUCUUCAAUGAUAUCAACAUGGAGUGUUUCAUCAAUCGCUGCAAAGCGAGCGGAUUCGCAAACAUCGUCAUCAGGGCGGAGCAGCUUCCCAUCACGAAGGUGGUGCGCGUCGAGAACCUCAAAGAGGAGGGGAGCGAGGAUCACCUCAUGCUUUAUUUAGAGAACAGAAGCGGGCCGAACGUUCAGGUGGAGGCGGCAGAACGUGGAUCGACGGCCGACACGGCACUUAUACACCUGUCCAGUGUGCAAGAUGUUGAGAAGGUCCUGGAUGGAAAGUGGACCUUCAAAGGGAAAGUUCUCAUGGCCCACCGUUACUAUGAGAAGCAUCGGUUGGCAUUGAUCUCUUUGGGCGCGGGAGAAAUUGAGCUUCCGGAUCCUCAGACCAUUCUGGUGGAACCGCGCUUCAUGGAAUUCAUUCUGAAACGCCCUGACGAGUUCUUUGAGCUGUUGGCGCAGAACAAAGCAACAUUUCAGUGGGAUAACCGAGGUUCCCCUCAGGUCCUGCGAGUCGCACCAGCCUUGUCUCUCCACACAUCGAGUUAUGUUUCGCGUAAAAAAUGGCCGCAAGAUAUUUGUGAACAAAUCCAAUUAUUUCUCGGCAGAUAUUCCCAGCACUCUGAGCGAGUGAAUGCACACAUAUUCGACGACCUGGCUUCGAAGAUUUUCCGAUGCCAAACGGACACCGUUGAGAUUACUUUGGAUGAGAGAGACAGUCGGGUUAAUGUCGUCGGUCCAAAGUCCGAGGUGGAAGCUGUCGUUAAGCAGUUGUCCACACUCAAAGAGAGCCUGAUGGCAGAGUUGGACAAAAUACAAAACCUUGCGCAGUUCGAAUUAACCAUGAAACAGGGAUACCUGGAUCUGAUGAGACAGAGCACAUUCGACACCAAACUACCACAACAAUUCCCAGAAGUUGACAUACGCCGGGACCUGCAAAAGAACACCGUGGCUCUCAAAGGACCCAAGGAAGUUUGUACGGCAAUGUACACCAGGCUUGUCCAGUUGUGUAUGCAGUUUUCUUCUACGCAAUUGAAUGUUUCCCAAGAACUUAAGUCCUUCAUUCUGGGCCUAAACCAUGACGAUUUCGUUCAAAAUACAUUCAUCAGGGAAGGGAUAAAGGCCACGAUUGACGACAGGGAUGGUGACGUCAUGGUGAUUGGAGCAAGCAUUGAAGAUAUGACCAAAGCGGUUGAGGCGAUUGGUAAAGCGCUCGUGGACACUAAAGUCCAAUUCACACAGGAUUUUGAUAUAAAACAGCACGGCAGUGAUUGGGCAGAAUUCCUGGGAAGUCUGAGAAGCAGUGAUGCCCACGAUGGUCUUACCGGAGCUGCUGAAGUCUCUUUUGAAGUGCAUUGUGAUAAACAGGUUGGCAGGGAAGUAGUUAUUGUGGGACUGAGUAACGUCACUGAUGGGGUCGUACAAAAAGUAAAAAAAUUCAUCGCUGAUCACUCAACCGAAACCGUGUUUAUUCCAAUCAAAUCCAAGGGGGUCCUGAAAUACAUCGAUAAAUUUGGAGACCUGCCCAGCCAACUACCAGCAGUUAGCAAGAUCAUAAAAGAAGAGAAAAGCGAUCAAAAGAUCGGAUACACGGUUACUCUGAUGGAUAAAGACAAGGAUGAGGUGGUCAAAUAUUUUAACAGUCUCUCUAAGAGCAUCGUCUCGAAAAGGAUGUGCAUUCAAAAGCCAGGAGGUGCCAAUUUUUUACACGACAGGGGUACCAUAUUCUUGGAAUUCUUGGAGUUGAGAAACAAAUCCAUUAUUAUGAUAGAGCCACGAGAAGAACAACAGGAGACCUGGCAGAAUGCCUUCUGGACUGAAACACCACAUGGUGUUUCAGCCGUGAAUGGAAUCGCGGUGUCUGUAGAGAAGGGGGAGAUGCAGUAUCGACAUGCAGACGCGAUGGUCAAUACAGUGGAUAAAAACCUGAAGAUCGUCGGUCACCUGUCCAAGACGCUGGUGGACGUGGGUGGCCAAAUCAUUCAGAGCGAAAGAGAUAAGAAAGUCGCUUCAAACAGAGGUCCAUUCAAAGCAGGAGACGUGGUGCUCACAGGCCCGGGGACGCUGCCGUGCAAGUUCCUGAUCAACGUGGUUGGCGUCAAGUGGGAUGUCCAUCAGCCACCGACUCCGAUGCUGAAUGCCCUGAAGCACUCGGUCAGCCAGAGCCUGAAGCUCGCUGCGGAAAGGAAUUGCCAGUCCAUCAUCAUCCCCGCCCUUGGCACCGAGAGGCGCUUUGGCUUCCCACUCGCGUUGUGCUGCGAGGCAAUCGCUGCAGCGGUGGGAGAUUUCUGCGAGAGGCAUUUGGAGGAGCCAACGUCGGUACGGCGUGUGGAGCUGAUGAGCAUCGACAACGCCACGGUGAUGGAAUUCAAGAAGUGCUUGAGGAGUAUUCACGAUGGGGGUGAGCGCAGACCCGUUGCCAAAGGCGAACUGCCGCUGAAUGCUGCAGAGAGCGAGCAAUCGUCGGCCAAACCUCGUCAUGGGCGCGAAGCGAGUGCCAGUCGCGUGCCUCACGACGCUCAGCAAUCACCACCUGGACUCGAUUACAAACAACAGCAACGAACAAAUACGAUGACACACCUGCAGUCGAAUGUGUAUAAAACCAAGUCUGGACUGAGCAUAAACGUUGUGAAAGGAAAUAUAGAGAACGAAAUGGCGGACGUGAUCGUCAACACGGUCUCCAACAACCUCGACCUGUCCCAAGGCGCCGUUUCUGCAGCGCUCCUCAAGAAGGCUGGGCAACGCCUGCAAGAUCUCACCUGGGAGGUUUCACAAAGGAAAACGCUCGCGGAUGGAGACGCCAUGGCUGUGAAAUGGAGUCAGCCCACCCUGUCCUGCAAAGAGGUCUACCACACCGCCUGCUGUAGAUGGAACUCGAGAAAUGCCACGAAGGUUUUGGAGCAAAUAAUCUCAACUUGCCUCAACAUGGCCAGCAAAUCAAACUACGGCACCAUUGCCUUCCCGGUCAUCGGCACCGGUGUCCUGCAAUUCCCCAAGGAGGUCACCGCUGAAGUGUUUUUCUCCGAAGUGAAACGCUUCAGCAAACGCAACCCCCGGUCGUCACUUACGGCAGUGAGGAUCAUCGUGCAUGGGCAGGAUGAGGAGGUGUUCAGAGCGUUCAUGGCAGAACUGCAAAAGGAAAAAGAUAAAAGUGCGAGCAAGACAGCAUCGGCAGCAAGCGGCGAGGCCCUCCAUGUGCCGAGCCCACAAGAUGCAGCGCAGUCGAGAGACAGCCAACAGGAUGACUUCUACACAAAUCUGAUAGAUCCCGGACUGGGAUCGCUGCAGAUGAACUUCGGGAAGGUGAAAGUGCUUAUAAAGCACGGGAACAUCGUCAAGGAGGACACCGAGGCCAUCAUGAACGUGACCAACAGCUCGUGCAGCAUCAAAACGGGAGUCUGCGGCGAAAUUCUGAAGGCGGCUGGAGAGGGAGUACGGGAAGAGUUUUUGCGAAAAUGUCAGGGAGCCUAUAACGGGGUGGUCGUGACCGACGCUGGAGAUUUGAAUUUGAAAAAAAUCAUCCACCUUGUUUUUGCCAAGAAUCUCUUCGCGAAACAAGUCUACAAUGCAUUGGUUGUGUGUGAAGACGUCCAACUGAAGUCCAUUGCUCUGCCAGCUGUUGGAACAGGCAUGGGCGGCUUAAACCCGCACGAAUCAGCGACCAUCAUCCUGGACGCCAUCGCGGAGUUUUUCGUCCAGAAGAAGCCCAAGAGUCUCAUGGAAGUGAGAGUUGUGGUGUUCAUGGAGGAGAUGCUGCAGGACUUCCAUCGGGAGCUGCUCAACAGACAGUCCAAACCCGCACCAUUGGAAAAGGGAAUUAUGUCCACUGUGACAAGAAAUUUUCAGUACAUGACAUCGCUGAUGUCCAGGGGGGGCAGCGAAGCCCAACGGGAAAUUCAGCCGGUGUCAUUUGAGAUCGAGCCAGUGCAUGUGCAGGUGUACUCUGCCACACUGGAGAACGUGGAGAACGUGUUCAUGGAGAUUGAAAAGAAAAUGACGACCGAGGAGAGCAAGCUGGAGUUGAGGGACGCUAUCAUCGGAGAGAUUUACGCCAAGGUGGGGGACGAGAUCAAUGCGCUGCAGAAGAAGCACCAGGUCAUGAUCCGGGCGGUCGCGGGCGACUGCUUGCAAAUCCACGGCAACAUCACGGACGUGAGCCAAGUGGCGCUGGAGCUGCAGGCGAUGAUCAACAAGGCGAGGGAGAGGAGGCAGCACGCCGAGGAGGAAGAUAAGCUGGCGGAGGCCGUGACGUGGAUGUUCCUUGGCGAGGACGAGGAGUUCACCCCCUUCUCGAAAGCCGACAAUGUCGCUCUGGAGAAGGCCCUGCGCAGGGAAGAGCGGCGCGUUUCAGUUCGAGGCCAAGAGGUGCUCGUCGACUUCAGCAGAAUGAAUCUGACCUUUGAACGUGGGAAGACGUUCAGGAUUAAGCGGGUGACGCCUGCAGACGACAUUCCUCUUCACUGGGCAGACCAGAACGAGUUGGUGAAUCAGCGAGUCCUCGUCGAAGUCUUAAACUGCUCCUCCAAAGCAUACCAGAAAAUCGAAAAGGACUUCAGAACGUCCCUGGGAAAAGUUUCUCAACAGCCAGGAUUUAAAAUUGUACAGAUUUUAUCGGUGCAGAAUCGCGAGCUGUGGAAUCUGUACACGACGAAGAAAAGGGACAUGGAAAACGCGGACAAAGCGUAUCCGUUGAAAACGCCCGUGGAGAAGAUUCUCUUCCACGGGACGACCCUCGAGACCUGCGAGAAAAUUAAUGCCAACGGCUUCAACAGAAGCUAUUGCGGCAAAAACGCUGUGGCCUAUGGCAACGGAGUCUACUUUGCUGUGAGCGCGAUGUACUCCGCGCGCGCCGCGUACUCCCCACCGGACUCCGACGGCAUCAAAUACAUCUACCGGGCACGCGUGCUCACGGGCAACUACACGGCGGGCAGCGUGGGCAUGCUCGAGCCUCCGCCCAAGGAUCCCAGUGUCAACUCGGUGCUGCUGUACGACAGCGUGACUGACAACACCAGCCGGCCGUCGAUGUUCGUCAUUUUCAAUGACAAUCAAGCUUACCCUGAACAUAUUAUUAAGUUCAAGGUACCGUUGUCGUCAUCAUGAAUCCAUAACGGGGAGUUUUUUUGUUGCUGUUGUUGGGUUAAACCGCUUGCGUAUAAAUGCGCCAUUAAGCCCGCCACCACCUCCCAACACGGCCAAUCAGUCAGGUUUAGACACGUAAACAAAACGUGCCAAUUGGUUACUAGUUCAGCACUAACUGGUUGUGUGUUGGAGAGUAAACCCACUACACAAUUUAUUCUCCAACACAACCGGUUAGUGCUGAACUCUUCACUAAUCGGCACGUUUUUCAGUUUAACACGUAGACUUUUGCGACCAAUAUCCAUAACAGGUUUUUUGGGUUAGAUCGCGUUGAUAUAUAAAUUUGUCAUUAAACCUGCCACCAUCCGACACAACCAAUUAGUAAGGUUUGUUGCGUAAACAGAACCUGCCAAUUCGUUAUGGGUACAGCACACCGAUUGUUUGUUGGAGAACAAAGCCACACCAUUUGCAAUCUGAGAACUCUACAACACACUGGUGUGCUGUACUAGUAAGGAAUUGGUAUGUUCUGUUUACGUGAUAAACCUUACUAAUUGCCUGUGUUGGGUGGUGGCAGGUUUGAGGACACAUUUAUAUAUUCACGCGAUCUAAUCCUACUAUGGAUAAUAUUGGUCAGAAAGCCUCCUACUACUACGUGUUAAACGGAUCAUCAUCAAGACCGCCAUCAACUUUCCCAUCGCCAGCAUUAAAAAUCACCAUCUCCAACAUCAACAUCAUCAACGUCAGCACCGUUAUCAGCACCACCUGCAUCAUCAUAAUCGAAAUAACCUAGGGCCUUAUUCCAAGGGGCUUUACAAUAAUAUAUAUAAAUGCAUUUUACGACAACAGUGGUGGUGUAGCUAUGGUGACAACAGAUGGGGGUGGUUAAGGACAGUGCAUAUAAUUAUCAGAGUUGUUUCUUUUUGUUUGCAUUUUGACUGCUUGUGUUGUGGUUAUUGCAAACAUGAUGCCUUGUAUAAAGGUGUCAGUUUUUAUACCAGUUGAAAGGGUAAAAACUUAUCACUAUAUUUUGCCACUGGUAAAGGAGGUCUCAUAGUGUAAAUGCUUACCCCGAGCUCUCAAUACUCUGAUAGUGUGCUGUUUUUGAGUUGUAUGCCUUUUGGCGUCAUCUGGUCCAACACCAAUGGAGACAAGACUCUAAGAAAAGCUGUCUCGGGUGUGGACCAAUCAACUUCAAGGACAGUGCAUAUCAUUAUCAGAGUUGUUUCUUUUUGUUUGCAUUGAAAACUGCUUGUGUUGUGGUUAUUGCAAACAUGAUGCCUUGUAUAAAGGUGUCAGUUUUUAUACCAGUUGAAAGGGUAAAAACCUAUCACUAUAUUUUGCCACUGGUAAAGGAGGUCUCAUAGUGUAAAAAACCAUCAUAAUCAACGACAUGAUUGUCAAAGCCAGUACCAACGACAUCAUCAACAGCAUAGCCACACAGACUCACAGCCAAGAAACCCAUGCACUGAAGAUUCGGCACAGCAUCAUCAUCAGCAUCGUCAUCAACCUAAAGAUCAUGCCCUCUACUGAAGGUGGCGCUGCAGCUUCCAUGCGCCCAGCGUGUGGGCACAUAUAGCGGUGACUCGGAGAUGUUAAUUACCUCACCAAGAUGCCUGCUGUAUAUUUGGAGUUUGCCUGUCUCUCUCUCUCCGUGAUAAUUUUUCCUCCAGGUCCUCCGGGUUUUACCAUCCACAUUUGGAGUCAACGUCCGUUCAUAUUAUUUGGUUACUGCUAUACAUAGUUUAGUUUAUCGAAUACUUUUACACGUAACCAUACCUGGUAAAAUGAAACUUGUUGAGUUAUUAUUAUGCUUUUGCACUUGACUUGCACGCAGUUAGAGCACCUGAUACACAAUUGAAAGUCAUUUAUUACAUUAUUAUGCAUGUGUAAUAUUGUAAAUUACGGCGGGAGACCACUUGACGGGUAGCACAAUUUAUUAACUCUUUCCUUAGCCACAAUAACACGUGUGGACAACUACAGCUCUUCCUUCGCCACAAUAACACGUGUGGACAACUACAGCUCACGCUACACGUUCAACCCGGCUACACACACACGGGCUCUCCAGCCCCGUAGCUUCCAGGGGAACCUACAGACCCACCCCAGCUUGGGUAUGGGUCACGACCACUGGGUCCCGUGGCCCGGCCCUCACACGGACGUCCGGCCCCGGGUCCCAAGGUCCCGCCUCUGAGCCACACAGGGUCCCGGCCCUUACAAGGACAGCGGGACUAGGGGUCUCAGGGCCCUAUCUCUUCCUCCUCCGUCUUCCGUCUUCACUGGUCACCAACUCCCCGAGCGCCCGCGCGCAUCGCCUUUUAUAGCCCUCCGCUCCCGGGGAGACGGAGUCUAUGCGGACCUCGAUGUGAGCACCUACCCUAGUUGACCAAUCACCACGCACUGCCACACGAUCCCUUUUCCCAGCUUGUGUCAGCGCGCACAACCAAUCACCACGCGCUGCCACACGAUCCAUCACUGUCAGCGCGCGUCACCACUACACAGCCAAUCACCACGCGCUGCCCCAAGAUCCCUACUGCCAGCGCGUAUCACCCCUACACAUGUCAGCGUUACAUUGUGUGUGAAUGGAUGUUAACCCCACGUAGUCAAAGCCACUUGACGACCUCCUCCAGCAGGGGGCAACAACUCCUGGUCCGCCCGGCACUCCGUGACAGACGUCGUAGUGGCUCGGAGAUGUUAACUACCUCGCUCGGUGUACAGGACGUUGUGGGUUCGAUCCCAAAACACAGUUCAAUCCCGAUACACCGACGCAUUUUUUACAAGAGGUCGUGUAUUACCGUGGAAGACGUAAGAAGGGUAGAGGUAACUUGAGAGUGAGGCAUCUGGGUAAUCAUUACCCACAGGUAAACAUUGUGCUCAAUACAUUUUUGCCAAAAGCUGUUAAUUUCCUCGUGAUGAGCCACUUCGUUGGGCUAUCAUUUCCGAGAGCCAGGUGGUCGCUUCUGAAAAAAGAGCUAUGUAGCUCAGUGGGACCUUAUCUGGUCAAAUAAAAAUGUUAGUUUAGUUUUUUCUCCUGGCUCCCCGCGUUCACACGGUUACGUAGUGGUGGUACGCUCCCAUUGGUGUGGGAAGGGGCACAACCACAUCCUGCUCUGGUCGCACCGGACGGGGCACACACCUGGCCAUAUCAACCAGCUUCUGAGGUAAAAACCAAAGCUGCGGCCCGUUGGCUGACUCGUCUCGAUUCUGGCCGAUUCGUCACGAUACCGGCCAACUCGUCACGAUACCGGCCGACUCAUGAUACCGGCUGAUUCGUCACAAUACCGGCCAUUUCGUCACGAUUUCGGCUGACUCGUCACGAUGCUGGCCGACUCGUCAUGAUGCUGGCCGAAUCAUCACAAUGCCUGCUGACUUGCUACGAUUCCUGGCCUGACUCGGCCGACUCAUCAUGAUGACGGCCGACUUUGUCACGAUGCCAGGUUGACUCGUCAUGAUGCUGGCCGACUCAUCACGAGGACGGCUGACUCGUCAUGAUGACGGCCGACUUGCCACGAUUCCGGUCGACUCGGCUGAAUCGUCAUGAUUCCGGCCGAAUCGUCACGAUACCGGCCCACUCGUCACGAUUCUAGCCUCCACGGUGGCUCACAGCCCCCCGCGGGUUGUCCGCUGCUCUGGCACCGUUGAUAUCGUCACUGCUGUCAGCACCACUGCUGCUGGCUUUCAUCAAUGUGUAGUGGCAUAGCGCUGGCUGCUGGCGAAAAAGGGGAUCUGCGGUGUACAGCAGUACUGACGUCAGCAGACCAUGAUAGACACGAGAGGGGGUCGUCUAGGGGAAACUGUCAGAGAGGGGUCCAUCGGGAAGCCUCGGGAACCUGCUAGUAGGUUCCAGAGAGGGGGCGUGGCCGGGGCGUAGCGAGGCCACGUGGAGAGUCGAAGAGGGGACCCUGUGGGGGACCUCAGGGCUGUUGCUAGGAAGUUGGAUCCCCGUCGUGUUGUUCAAGAUCGUCGUCGUUCACCAUCCCCUCGUCGUCGUCUCCAUCUUCACCAUGCCAGGUUGCUGUAGUAGACAGCCUACCAACUGUUCUAAGUAGUGCCGCCGACAAUAGACGGUCUUAAGUACAAUAGUGUGCAACCGCGUAGGGUGUGUAUUUAUCCCGAUGAUGCUUGUUCAAUAAAAUAAGUGCC